AUGAAAACAAUGACAACCUUAACAACAUCAUCGAGCAUCAAACGAACAACAUUAAUAUCUAUGAAACUGCGAUAUACAACAAAACAAACAGCAUCUAUUAUAUCUACACUAUUCAGAACAACAACAAUAACUUCAACGCCAUCAUCUACCAUCUGGACAACAAGUCCUUCAUCAGCAUUAACACCACAAAAAUCAACAAAAACAACUACGACAACAGUGACAACAAUAAAAACAACAGUGGCAACAACAAGAACAAAAGUAACAACAACAAAAGUAACAACAACAAAAGUAACAACAAAAGUAACAACAACAACAGUAACAACAACAACAGUAACAACAACAACAGUAACAACAACAACAACAGUAACAAAAACAACAACAGUAACAAAAACAACAACAGUAACAACAGCAAUAACAGUAACAACAACGACAACAACAACAACAACAACAGCAAUAACAGUAACAGUAACAACAACAACAACAACCAAAGUUACACUAAUUACAACUUCAUCUUUUCAUACUAUAUCAGCUGCAUUAUCAACAACAACGAUCAUAACAGUAAUGACAAAAGAAAAAUUAACAAGAAUGCCAAGUUCAACAAGUUUUCUUGCUACAAUUGAAAAUUCGUCAGUCUCUUCGUCUACAUCAACAAAAGCAUCACAAGUAUCCUAUAAGAUUCUUCGAUAUAUUUUGUUUAUAUCACUAUUUGUGAUUAUGUUGAUUAUCAUCAUUACAUUGAUUGCUUGUUUUCUGUAUUACCGUCAAAAACGACGACAGUUACUUGAGGAAUAUUCAAUUCCUAUUAACGAUAUAAUCAAUAAAAAUACAUAUGGCAGUACUAACAAUGAUAUAACUCAAUCUAAGAAUUCAUCAAAUACAUCGAACACAUUUUCAUCAUUAUCAUCAAGACAAAACCAAGAGACGAAAUCAUUGAAAAAAGUGAAAAAAAAUAUUGGAAACUCAUUUGAUGAUCACACGUUUUAA